UACCGACUUCAUGCAUCAGAAAGCUACGAGAAUAGGCGAGAAGAUGGUCUCUGCGCUGUCAAUGGCGGGCACGACUCAUCUUAUCACCCGAGCAAUUAGCUCUCUUCCGCCCAACACCUGUCGCCAUUACCACAACACUCAAGCGCUCGCCCACCAAAUCCACCUUCCCGCGCUUCACAGCAACUUCCUCGGUAUCGGAACGCAGCAGAGCGCGAAACUCGCCGUCGCUGAUUUGAGAAAGGCGGUGGCGCCUAUCAAGAGGAUUCGGGCCAUGGCGGCCUCGUCCGGGCCUGGAUUGGAGGAGGGCGUGAAGAAGGCAAUUAGCGAAAAUCCAGUUGUUGUCUACUCCAAAACAUGGUGUCCGUAUUCUUCUGAGGUGAAAUCGUUGUUCAAAGGGCUUGGCGUGCAGCCACUCGUUGUUGAAUUGGACCAAUUGGGUCCCCAAGGACCAGAACUACAACAGGUGCUAGAAAGCCUAACUGGACAACCUACUGUACCAAAUGUUUUCAUUGGGGGAAAACACGUUGGCGGUUGUACAGACACUGUUCAGCUGUACGAGGAAGGAGAGCUUGAAUCUUUGUUGUCGGAAGCUGGUGCAAAGAAAGCCGAGAGCUAGCUAGCCCCUCUGCGGCGGGGCUAUUGGGCUUCUUCAUUGCAAGAUAUGCGCAUGUUUUUGGCCCCCCUCAAAGAGAAAAUUCUAGUGAGAUCUUACUGAUUCACUCUUCAAGUUCCGGAACUGAUUGCUAUGCAUCUCCCUGAUCAGUUUGUAUGCUGAAUUCACAAAAGCUUGCUGCCUCAUAGAUUCUAUGCGAGUCUCGUGUUCAACAUUUUGCUGUACGAACUUCUUUAAUCAGAGACUGCAUAUAAAAACGACUCUCUUGCAUAGCAGGAAGCUUUUGUGCACUACGAACUGUUUCUAGUGGUAGAGUGGGAUAUGGAGCUAAAACUGUGAAUUCGAUCAUUUACAUUCAAUUUUC